AUGGUCGUAUUUGACGGGCACGAGUACCUCACCGAGGAGGAGAAGCGCCUCAAGGAAGACCGCAAGCGAGAGAAGUACUGGAAGAAAUGGGGUCCCUAUGUUGCCGAGCGACAAUGGGCGACCGUGCGUGAGGACUACAGUCCCGACGGAGACGCGUGGAGUCACUUUACCCACGACGACGCAAGAUCCCGAGCCUACAGAUGGGGUGAAGAUGGAAUCUCUGGUGUCUCCGACACCCACGGCUUCCAAAACAUUGCCUUUGCAUUCUGGAACGAGGAAGACGACUUUCUCAAGGAGAGGCUCUUUGGCCUCUCAAAUCCUCAGGGAAACCAUGGCGAGAGCAUCAAGGAAGCCCACUUUCAUGUUGACAACACACCUCACUCUUACAUGAAAUUCCUCUACAAAUACCCCCAGAAGAAGUUCCCGUACAAGGACCUGCUGGAGGAGAGCGCAAGGAGAGGCAAGGCCGACAAGGAAUACCAGAUCAUCGAUACCGGUGUCUUUGACGAGGACAGAUACUGGGAUAUCUUCAUUGAGACGGCCAAGGCGACUGACGACCCCGAGGAGAUCCUCUUUCGUGUAACAGCAUGGAACAGAGGCCCCGAUCCGGCGCCGCUCCAUAUUGUGCCGCACAUGUGGUUCCGCAACACUUGGGCCUGGGGUCGCGAGCCUGAAGACAAGAAGCCCUCGAUUGAGUCUUACGCCGAGAGCAUGGCCAAGUCCAAGCACCACAAGCUCGGCGAACGCUACCUGCUUCUGUCACCGUCACCCGGUGUCGGUUCCAGCGGGGAGGACGUGCUACCCAAAAUGUUGUUUACUGACAACGACACGAACUACGAGCUGCUGUAUAAGCAGAAGAACAAGACGCCCUACGUCAAGGAUGCUUUCCAUAGGUACAUCGUUGACGGCGAAAAGGGGGCUGUCAACCCGGAGCAAAAAGGUACGAAGACUGCCGCAUGGUUCAGUUUCAACGAGGACGGCGGCGUUGCUCCCGGCGAGUGUGCUGUCGUGCGUUUCCGUCUGUCCAAGAAGAACGAGACGUACUUUGACGAAGGGGAGUUUGAUGACCUGAUCGACCUGAGAAUCGCUGAGGCCGACGACUUCUACUACCGUCUCAGCCCUCUGCCGAUGGCUGAUGACCUGCGCAACAUCCAGCGCCAGGCGUUUUCCGGUAUGAUGUGGACAAAACAACACUACCUGUUCAUCUGGGACCAGUGGGCGAACGGAGACCCAACGCAGCCUCCUCCGCCCCCGGGUCGGAAGGACAUUCGUAACAGUCAGUGGAAGCACAUGCACUGCGACGACAUCCUGUCCAUGCCGGACUCAUGGGAGUAUCCUUUCUUCGCCGCCUGGGACAGUGCUUUCCACUGCAUUACCCUGGCGAUGAUGGAUCCUGACUUCGCCAAGAAGCAACUGGAUCUGUUUACUCGAGAGUGGUACUGCCACCCCAACGGACAAUUGCCCGCCUACGAGUGGAACUUUGGCGACGUCAACCCCCCGGUCCACGCCUGGGCCACAUUUCGCGUCUUCAAGAUCGAGCGCAAGAUGUACGGAAGACAGGAUCUGGACUUCCUUGAGAGAGUCUUCCAGAAGUUGUUGCUCAACUUCACCUGGUGGGUCAACCGCAAGGACGCCGAGGGCAAGAACGUGUUUGAGGGAGGUUUCCUCGGUCUCGACAACAUUGGUCUUUUCAACCGUUCUGAGCCCCUCCCCACUGGUGGCUCCCUGGAGCAGGCAGACAGUACGGGCUGGAUGGCCUUCUAUUGUCUCAGCAUGCUGAACAUUGCCCUCGAGCUGGCAAAGCACAGGCGUACCUACGAAGACAUCGCGUCCAAGUUUUUUGAGCACUUCAUCUUCAUCAGCGAUGCCAUGACAUUCAGAACUGGUCAGAAAGACGAGAAGUCGCUGUGGAACGACGAGGAUGGCUUUUACUACGAUGCCAUCUCCUGGGGUGGUCCCUGGAUCCAACAGCUUCCUGUUCGAUCCCUCGUCGGCUUGAUCCCGCUUUACGCGACCAUGACUCUCGAGCCGGAGUUGAUCAACAAGUUGCCUUCUUUCAAGAAGCGAGUAGACUGGUUCAUCGAGAACCGUUGUGACUUGGCUGAGAGAAACAUGGCCAGUAUUGCCAAGCGCGGUAAGGGCAACAGAAUUCUACUGUCUAUUGUCAGCAAGGACAGGCUCGAGAAGAUUCUCAAGCGCAUGCUUGACGAGGACGAGUUCUUUAGCGAGCACGGCAUCCGCUCUCUGUCCAAGUUCCACGAGAAAAACCCGUUCUCUAUGGAGGUCAACGGGCAGACAUUCUCCGUGGGCUAUGUCCCAGGCGACUCCGACAGUGGUCUGUUUGGAGGCAACAGUAACUGGAGAGGCCCCAUCUGGCUUUGCGUCAACUUUCUCCUGGUCGAGUCUCUCCAGCGAUUCUUCCUCUUCUACGGCCACGAGUUCCAGGUCGAAUGUCCCACGGGUAGCGGUGACUACAUGCAUCUGGGCCACGUCUCCGAAGAGAUUCAGCACCGUCUGCAACACUUGAUGUCUCGCAACGACGACGGCCGUCGCAGCAUCAAUGCCGGAAACGACUUGCUCGACUUCGACCCUCACUGGAAAGAUUACUUGUGGUUCUACGAGUUCUUUGACGGUGACUCUGGCCGCGGUCUCGGCGCCACCCACCAGUGUGGUUGGACCGGUUUGAUGGCAAGAAUGAUCCACGAUACUGGAAUCAGCUGUCGUCUUCCGCACACUCCCCGCACCCCUUCCGCCGGAAUGUCGCACUAUUUUGACGACAUUCUCACCCGUGAAAUCAAGCGCCGUGACUCCAACACCCCGGCAACCCCGGGUCCCAACGGCAAGCCCCGCAUGCGCAGGUCGUCGACGGCGCGGUCCAUCGGCGCGCGCAGUGACUUUGACAGCGACAUGAACGGCGCAGACGGUGACGAGGGGUCGCUCGGCAACUCCGUCACCUUGGAAGACCCGGAGAAGCUUCGGGAGAAGUUGAAGGAACGGUCGGAGGCGGACGCGCACAUGCACCGGUACAUCUCGGACCAGCUCGAGCGCUUCAAGGGCGACAAGGAGUAUGUCAACGGAGGUGACAACGAGUACGAGACCAGUGCCUAA